UUACUUGCUGCUUCUCGUCUCUUUCCCUCAACUGGAUAACAUCAUAGCACAUUUCAUGAUUCUUGUGGGGGUAUUGAGACUUUAGCCAGAAUGGCCAACUGCCACUAAAAGACCCCACCACCCCACAUGCAUCCCUCCAUAACUUUACCUCGCCCAUCACAUGCCUUUUCCACUAUUUAUAACCCACACAUUCCCAUUUCACAGGACAAAAAAAAGGAAAAGUGACUUGAAGAUUAGUAGAACUGAAGAUCACCUCCUUGUUUUUGUGCCUUGCACACAUCUUCAAAUUCUACUCUGAGUAGCCUAGCGGCAGAAAGAGAGCUGUUUUUUCUUGGUGUACUUGCUAUGGAAAUGGCUAUGGAAUUAGAAGAUGAUUUGUUCUUUGCAGACUUAAGCAAGCAAAUAUCUCUUCUAAUAAUGGAUGACGAUGAUGAGGACCCUUCAGUUUCUUUUCAGGCUUUCUCCAGAGGCAACUAUCCAAGUGCACCAUCUCAUUCCAUGUAUGAGCAAAACUGCAGAAGGGAAAGCUGCAAGGGAACAGGAGUUUUUAUCCCCAAGUCUUCACAGCCAAGAAGGAAACACAGACAAGGAAGAUACAGCCAAAAGUCUAAUAACAGGCAGCAUGAUAACACAAGAGUGGUUUCUCAAGUAUCAUACAGCAAUGCUUUCAAAUCCAAGAAAAGCUAAAUUAAGCCUAUAGCUAUGCACAUAUGCUCCUGAAGUGCAUGAUUCGAUAAUUUCUACUACUAAUCUUAUUUCCAGCAAGGGCUUCAAGCAAGGAUAUGAUAGAUUAUGAUCUGUUUGUUGAAGAUGAUUUGUUCGUUGAAGAUGUACAUGGGAAAAAUCACUCCAUUAAUCACUCAACUAUUCCUUAUUUACUACUAGAUCCUAGUUACGGGGUUCACCAAAGGAUUGUACCUCUCCAAUAAAGGAAAUGUGUGCUUGUUAUGAAGUGUUGUAUAGCAUAAGAUUGUUAUUAAUUUUCUAAAUCAAUGUGAUUGAUUGCCUUUUUUUUUUU